AUGUCUUCUGAAGCUGCGGCCUGGACCCCACCCGCUGAGGGUUCUCCAUGCUGGAUUGAAAUUCCCGCCCGCGACAUUGACAAGCUCAAGGAAUUCUAUAGUAACCUCUUCCCGACAUGGACGUGGAGAGGUGAUUCGUCCGAUUCGGAUCAUCACGUCGCCCCGUUCCAAUUCAAAGACCCGAAGUGUCUGAGCGGCGGGCUGGUCAAAAUGCCCGACGACUGUGGCCCGAACACGCAGACUCUGGGCUCGGGCGUCACCGUCUACCACAUGGUCGAGUCGCUUGAAAAGACUGAAGCUCGCAUCCAUGAACUGGGAGGCAAGACCGUCAUGCCAAAGACGGCCCAGGGAGAUAGUGGCGUCUACAUCAACGCCACGGAUCCGGAGGGAAACAGGUUCGGCAUCUAUCAGCUGGUGCAAAGCUCGGGUUCUUAG